AUGCCAGGCAGAAAAUCAAACCUUUCGACCGUUACAAAUGGCGAUGAAGAGUCGCCCGCACCCACUGGCCGUGCAGCACGCGAGGGAUCGACUAAUUGCUCAAACGAAUACGCUCAACUCGGCGGUAAAAAGACAAUCCAACCCGCAGACGUGAUAGCAGCACUCAAAGAAAACGAAUUCGAGCACUUUAUCCCACGCCUGGAAGCAGAACUCAAGAAAUACAACACAGUCCAAUGCGACAAACGCAAUUCCUACCGUCGCAAGAUCCGCGAAGAAAAAGCCUCUUCAAAAACCGGCGGCGUCGACGAUGAUGGCAAACCCACAGACAGUGGAGCCGAAAACGGAGACGCUGAUGCCUCGAUGCUGGAUGCCACCGAAAUGUCUGCAGUAAACGGACACAGCAGAAAUGAUGACGAGGAACCACCGUCCAAGAAACUGAGACGGGAGAAUGGGGAGGAAGAUGAGGAGGAGGAAGGUGAUGACGAAGAGUUCCACGAUGCGUUGGAGGGCGAGGACGAUGAGGUUGUGGAGGGCGAAGGUGAGGACGAGGUGGAUGAGGAGGACGAGGAUGAAGAUGGCGAGGAGGAGCAGGUUGGGGAUGGGGUUGAUGAGGAGGAAGAGAGGGUGGGUGAUGGUAUGAGAGAUGAGGCGUUGGAUGAUGCCAGCGAGGAUAGUGAUUAG